AUGAUGUCCACGUCUAGGAAGGGACCAUUCAACUGCGAUAAAUGCAAGAAAGAGUUCAAGAAAUGGUCUAAGCUAAUGGCUCACGAACGACGCGAGCACGACCCAGACACCGUCAUCGAACGAUUCCCCUGUCAGCUCCCUGGCUGUGAAUUCGUAACAAAGUACAAAGGGGGCCUGAAACAGCAUGUCAUCAUACACGAUCCCAACGCUAAGCAACCCGUAUGCCAGUUUCCCGGCUGUGGAUUCGUAACCAUACACAAAAGGGGCCCGAAACUGCACUCCGCUCGUUGUGCACAAUACCAAGGCCGAGUAUCAUCAUCCAGCAAUUCAAGAGGGGCGCUUCAAGAAAGGCUUUAUAGGAGUAACAUUGGCUUCACUGCCUUCCGUCAUGGGACUGUGCUUGCCCGAAGGGGUGAAAGGUUCUCCGAGGGAAAUGCGAUAAAAUGUUUCUGUUAUCGACCAAUCAGGGACGAGACAACACCUCUCCUUGGGAUCGGACGAUGGCGGAAGGAGCGCGACUUUCCCGCCCCUUGCCUUAUCAAGACCUGCCUCCUCGAAAUUGGGAGAUUCUCCGAAACGGAUUUGCUUUCGAGAUAG